UGAGCGUGGUGUCAUGCAAGGUGCGCAAUCCUUCCCGAUGGGAAACGACGCUGCUCGAGCCCGCGAAGUCGACGCUAUACGAGCAUUCACGUUUUUGGUCGACGGGCAGCACGCAUCUAUUUCCCUUGAGAAGCUCCUUCGUCUAGAAUGGCAUUCGACACUGGCACGCUAAAUUUUCGG